AUGGAAGAGCCAGCGCACGACACUGAACCGCCUAUUCGAUCUGGCUCGCCUUCUCCCUCCAUCCCGGCCACCCCGGCCAUCUCGUCUUAUUCCUCGCCAGAUCGCACCUUCUCCUCAGUAUCCUCCCGCUCUGCGUCUUCGGUGACUUCGGCGGGCGACCGCUCGUCGGUUUCGACGUCGUCCCGGCGCCAUGGCUAUAUUCGUCCAUUCGGUGCGGAAUUCGCCGAGUCUGCUCGUCACAGAGACAGUGUCAUGAGCCUAGGCAGUAUCGCCCAUCUACAAUACUACUUCGCUCGCACAGGGCUACUAGAUGGGAAGACCGGGCGAAGCAAAGAGUUCGACAAGAAAAACGGCGGGAAUGUGCCUCGCGUCUUGAUUACUCCAAAUGAACAACAUCUCGAUGAUUUUGUCGCAAGCCCGACGGAGGCGGGCGACUCUGCGGGCUGUGAUCCCCAGUUCGAGGACGAGGACGGCGAGGUCAUGCUGCCUCCCACUGUCAGUACAUAUAGCAUGAAGACAUAUCACGUCCCGCCCCCGCCAGACCUGAUGACGCUCCGGCGGGAUCUACAGACUGCCCUCGACAAGGCUGAGAAAAACAUGCAAGCGAUUGAUAAUGGCGUGGAACCACCCCCGCGGGAACCAAUACGAACAAGCUUGUCUCCGGGCGAUAUCCCGGAGACGAUGGAUGAUGAUUCUGCACAAGCUGCGGCCCCGCAGACUAAAGAAGAGGCCCAGGAAUCUUCUAUCAAAAGCGAGCGCGAAAUCCGGAAAGAUCUCUUCCACGUCCUCGAUGCUCUCAAACGCUGGGCAGCCCGUCAUUUUGCCAGUGGGCUUCGGCCAGAGGAGCGUGAGAUCGUGCAGGGCUGGAUCACCAACGUGCGCGCCAUGCUGGGCCGUGAGAAAGCGCUGGAGGACAUCGAAGCCCAAGAACGGGAAAACUGGGAUUGGGCACGUGGCGACUGGACGGGUCGCGAGAGAGCUCGCGAGGAAUCAUUCCUCCGUAGUCUGGCUCCAAGCGGACAUGACUUGCCCGAGUGGACGGCUAUUGAGGAUGAUGCCUCCCCCGACUCCCUCCCGACGCCGUUCUUGGAGCGCUUCAGAGACGGGCGGAUUCUAGUUCAACUGCAUAACAUCGCGGUCAAGAAGUCCAAGCGGCCCUUUGGCAAGAUCGAGACAUAUCAUCAAGAUAUCGCCAAGCCGUAUCGUCAGGCAGAGAACUUGCGGUUCUGGAUCAAGGCUGCAGAGCUCCGGUGGGAGUUGCGGUUCCAGGUGGACGUAAUGGGAGUUGUGCAGGGGGGCAGCACUGAGGCCUGGAGGCAGUUCGAUGCAGCUCUGCUAUCGUGGUGCAGUACGGUCCGCCAGGAACUGGUGCGUGAUUGGCAGGCGGCCAACCCGGGGCGUCCCCCUAGCGCCGGGUUGAUCUAG